AUGGGUAACCGGAGAUUGAUGGGCUGGAUAGCGUUGGUUGGCCCAAACCGCUCUGAAUUUUCUUGUGUUCUGAACUUUCAAUCCAAACAUUGGCUGCUCGCCGCUGUGGUUAGUGAUUUUGAUUUAGGUGUAGUUGUUGUUGUGAUUGUUGCUGUUGCUGUUGCCGUUGAUUUUUGGUGGGCUUCGGAAUCGGAGCUGAAUUCGACGCCGAGGAGGGGAGUGGCGCCAGCGAGAUGGGGUGAUCCGACGGAGAACCACUGGAAUUCGAAAAUGAGAAAGACAAAAGGGACGGGAAAGGGGAAAGGGAAAGGGGAACUGGGAUUCUGUUCUUAUUUCAGUCUCCCAGUUUCUCCGUCUCAGUCUCAAUCUCUCUUUCAAACGCUGCCUUAUAGUUUUUGUUCUAAUCAAAAUUCAAAUUUUUCUCCUAAUCUGUUGUGUGUGCUUGUCAUCGAUUAGCUUAAUAUAUUCUGCAUAAUUUUGAAGUUGUCAAUGUACUUAGGAAGCAAAUUUUGAUAAGUUUUGGUUUAAUUUAGUUUUGGUUUUUCAAAAAUCUAAACUAUGCAUACUGAAUCCAUCUAAUGGUGUACUAGGUGUCUACUUCACUUGAGUGAGACUUCUAAUUCUCAAGUUUCAGCUGCUAUUUCAUUCUCUUUUCAAAUCAUUCUUAUCAUAAGUUUAUGUUAUCUAGAACUUCUUGUAUGUUCUGGCUUGAACUAUUAAACAAUCUUUACUUUAAGCUUCAUAUU